AUGGCAGUUGAUGUUCUUCUGCGACUUCAAGAUAUUGCCAACGAGCUCAUAAUCGUGAUGGACUCAGGAGCUCUUGAGCCUUUGCACCUUCGAUGCCAAUUACCAGACCUAACUCAGUUUAUUUCUGCUAGGCAAGGAGAAUCAAAUCCUUCCGAAAGCUUUGGUUCCAUCCUCAAAUCAGUAACUCAAGGGCGUUGCAAUGGGCAAAACAAGGAUAGUUUGCCUUUUCAAUAUACACCACAUUGUUCAAAAGCGAUGCUUGCUGUUGUACUAGCAGAUUACACCCUGCCAACCAGCGUGAGUCAGUAUACACAUAUUUUACAAAAGUGCUCUCAUAAAAAAAAUUGA